UAACAUGUCCUCUCUGCGUAAUGCAGAUGUCCGGCUCAGGACGUAUAUCAAGCAGCACUCACUACCCGAGAUUUAUGAGGCGCUGCUGUGUGGCUUAUGCAUUAUGUGCCCAGAAAACCCUCUCCUGUUUCUGGAAGACAAACUCAAGCAAAUGAUUGACACGGGCCAUGAGACUUUUUUAUGGGAUGUGUUUAUUGACGAAACUAAGAAACCUAAAAUAAAAGCUGUGGCCGGAAGCUAUUUGGAUCACCUUUUUGGACAAGAUGAAGACGUGUUGGUGUCGCCGGAGUUAUUUAAGAAGGCAUAUUCAUUUUACAUCAACAAUUUGCAAAGACUCUGUUUUGAUGCAUGGAUAGAAUUCUGCUCAAGGAGGCAGGCCAACAAGAUCAACACACAGCUCAAACUGCAGACUGCUGAGGCCCAUCAUGCGAAUACUGUACUGAAAUCCAUCAUACAUCGGUGGAAUUCUUGGACAAAAACUCGCAAACAGCAACAGAUCUUGGCAGCAACCAGAAUUCAGAAUGUUUUUAAUGACGCCUUAAUGAAGAAAAUCUUAAAAGCGUGGAACGUUGAGACCCAGGACUCUAAAAAGAAAAGAGAGUACUUUGAGCGCUUGGAAAGAGGGGACAUGGAAGAUUAUGGAAGUUUAAAUUCUUCUUCUAUAAGAGAAGGUGAAGAUGACAUUUCACAGUUACCACUCAAGGCUGUUCUCAAGAUCUUUGGUUUUGUGGACUUGAUAGAUUUGGCAAGAUGUGCUGAGGUUUGUCGAUCCUGGAAGAUAAUAACACAGCAUAGCUCACUCUGGAGUAGUAUUGAUUUUUUCACAGUGAGGCAUCUCAUUCAGGACAAAUUUGUGGUCAGUAUUUUACGCAAGUGCCGUCCUUACGUUAUACGCUUAAAUCUCCGUAGCUGUUCUUCGCUCCACUGGGCUUCAUUUAAAGCAAUCAGUGAGUGUAAAAACCUGCAAGAUUUAAAUGUGUCUGAAUGCCAAAGCUUGAAUGAUGAAUCAAUGAAGAUUAUUUGUGAAGGAUGUCCAGCUUUACUUUAUCUCAAUGUAUCUCAUACUAAUGUAACCAAUGCUUCAUUACGCAUGAUGUCAAGGUGUCUUCCUAAUCUGCAGUAUGUGAGUUUAGCCUACAGCAGAAAAUUUACAGACAAAGGUUUACAGUACCUGGGAUCAGCAAAAGGAUGCCACAAACUCAUCUACUUAGACCUGUCCGGCUGCACUCAGAUAUCUGUGGAGGGAUUCAGAUUCAUAGCUGCUGGAUGUAGUUCUCUUCAACAGUUGAAAAUAAAUGAUAUGUUUACGCUGACAGACAACUGCAUUUUAGCUCUUCUUGAAAAAUGUCAGUGCAUUACAUCGGUCUCUCUUCUGAGUUCCCCGCAUCUUUCCGAUGCAGCCUUUAAAGUACUCGCACAGGGAAGAAAACUUGUAAAACUCCGAAUUGAAGGAAACAACAGGAUUACUGAUGCAAGCAUCAAGGCGCUUAGCAAAUCGUGUCCCAAUCUGAAUCACAUUUAUCUAGCCGAUUGUCAGAAAAUUACUGAUGCCUCCCUAAAGGCAGUAGCAACACUGAAGAAUAUUACUGUAUUAAACGUUGCUGACUGCAUAAGGAUCAGCGAUCCAGGUGUCCGACAAAUUCUAGAAGGACCAUCAGGUGCUAAGAUCCAAGAGUUAAAUCUGACUAACUGUCUACGUGUCAGUGAUUUAUCUCUUCUGAGAAUAGCCCAAAAAUGCCAUAACCUGACGUUCUUGAGCCUUCGUUUCUGUGAAAACGUGACAGAUUCUGGCAUUGAGCUCCUGGGGAACAUGGCUUCGCUCAUCUCCAUUGAUCUGUCUGGAACCAGCAUCACAGACCAGGGAUUGGCUGCCCUUGGUGCUAACAGCAAAAUAAAAGAACUCGCUGUAUCAGAAUGUAUGGGGAUCUCUGACAUUGGAAUUCAGAAAUUUUGCCAACAAUCAAAAGAUCUGGAGCUGCUUGACAUUUCUCACUGUCUGCAAGUGACCAACAACACGGUGAAAUCACUGGCUUUCUGCUGUAAAAUGCUAACAUCAAUCAGCAUUGCUGGCUGUCCCAAGGUAACAGACUUAAGUAUUCAGUAUCUCUCUGGUGUCUGCCAUUAUCUCCACAUCUUGGAUUUCUCUGGAUGUGUCCAUCUGAGUGACAGAACUUUAAAAUACCUGCGGAAAGGUUGCAGACAACUUCGUAUCCUCCGAAUGCUGUAUUGCAAAAGUAUUACCAAGGCAGCUGUUUUAAAAAUGGAAUCAAAGAUUCAGAAAGUAGAGUACAAUAAUGAUGAUCCACCCCCAUGGUUUGGAUACGAUCGGCAUGGUGAUCUGCUUAAUGGUGUGUCACAUCUGGAGGAAACUGAAGAGGAGACGGGGAAGCAAGCUACAAAGCUAUUUUCCAGUGCGAGCGUGGAUAGCCUGUGAAGUGUGUUAGUGAGUGCCUUUAUUCAAUAGCGGGCCUAAUUAGUCUCUUUGCUUAGGUGGAUUUAGAGGUAUAAAUGCUAUUUAUAGUGCCAGAAAAUACAUCCUUGUCCUAACUACUUUGUGCCAUUAACAAUCCAAUUGAAGGAACACUCUCAGUUGUGAUUUAAUGAGGAAUUGGUCUUGCCUGAGCUUCAACAUUACUUAUGGAAUACAUUGCAGUAUAAUGUUUCAUGAUGUAACAGUUAUUGAAACAUAUAAAACCAUUAAUGAAGUAAUGAACUGUGCACCAGCAACUGAAGAAGACCAGGACCCCCCACCUGUGUGUAUGUGUACUACCACCGGGUCCAGGUGACACAGACUAACAGUGACACAAUGCUUUCAUAUCAUUGAGGUGGAUACAGAGCCUGGAAGGGAGAAACGGCAGGGUUAUCAGAUCAUUAUAGGAGACCUCAUAGAUGAAAUAUUUUUACGGAUUACCAAGUGUAAAAUAUGCAUUGUGAGAAUGAAUAAAGCACGCAAGACUGAUUUGUUCUAACUUUUAUUGCAAGCUACAAUAUCUACAGCCUCACGUUUCCUGGUGUGUUAUCUUAUACCGUUUAGUGGUUAGCAUUUAUUGCGCUG